AUGUCCACCGGUGAGCCGGAUUCGGCCGGUUCCUCUUCCCAUGGACUAAGAAGGCGCACGGCGCACGGUUUGGUGAAGCGCACGGGCGCGGCGGCAACGGCGGCGUCCGCCUCGACCACGACAAGCGCGACGGCGGAGGCGGAGGCAGCGGUCGCUGCCCUGGCCUCGAUGAUGGAACCGCCGGCCAGCAUCAUCAUGAAGGCGGCGGCUGCCGCCGCAGCCGCUGCGGCGGCAGCGGCCGCGGUCGGCUCAGUGACGACGAAAGACGAACCGGACUGCGGCGGCGAUCUGGGCGAGCAGCGGGUCGCCUCGUCCGUGGACUCGAGCAUGGACAGCAGCGCCCUCGCCAACUGCCUCUCGAGCACGCUGCGUGGCCCCGGCGGCGGAGGAGGCAACAUUAGUGGCGGCGAGGACAACCUCUCGGACAACUCGGAAUCGACGACGACGACGACGGCUUCGACGACGACCAGCAACGCGGCCGCCCAGCUGCUGGAGAACCUCAAACACAACCUCAGCCAGCACGGUCACCACCACCACAACAACAACAACACGAGCGCGAUCAACAACAACAAUCCGCUGCACGUCAACAACAACGGCGGCGGCGGCGGCAACAACGGCAACCGGAAGCUGUUCGAGUGUGACGUCUGCAACAUGAAGUUCUCGAACGGGGCGAACAUGCGGCGGCACAAGAUGCGGCACACGGGCGUGAAGCCGUACGAGUGUCGCGUCUGCCAGAAGCGCUUCUUCCGCAAGGACCACCUGGCGGAGCACUUCACGACCCACACCAAGACCCUGCCGUACCACUGCCCGAUCUGCAACCGGGGCUUCCAGCGGCAGAUCGCGAUGCGGGCCCACUUCCAGAACGAGCACGUCGGCCAGCACGACCUGGUGAAGACGUGCCCGCUCUGCUCGUACCGCGCCGGCACCAUGAAGUCCCUGCGGGUGCACUUCUUCAACCGGCACGGCAUCGACCUGGACAACCCGGGCCCGGGCACCCCCUCGUCGCUGCUGCUGGCGCUCGACCAGCACAACCCGGCGAACCUGCUGCCGGCGGCCCUGGCCGCCAUGAACCACGCGGUCAGCGCGUCGGCCUACGUCGGAGCGGACGCAUCCUCGGCGGCCGACUCGAUGCAGCGCUCCAUCGACAACGGGACCCCGCCGAUGCACUUCCUCACGCCGCACGUCGAGAUCUCGAUGGCCGACAAUGCGGACGACGAGGACGACAACAGCCUGCCGCUCAACUGCAGCCGGGACGCGCACCACGACCUCUCCACGCACGGGGGCGGGGGCGGCGGAGGGGGCGGCCGGUCCCACAACGGCACGCCGCUGCUGCUGACGAACGGGCCGAGCCCGGGCCACGGCCACAACGACCGCAGCACGCCGACCACCUCGACCUCCUCCGCCACGAUCUCGUCCGCGCUGGACAUUCAGGCCAUCGUGCGGCCCCCGAACGGGGCCGCGUCGCCCUCCGGGUCGCCGCACUCGGCCGACUCCAACGCGCCCUCCAGCUCCCACUCGACGUCGUCCUCGGCGUCCACCACCAACACCACGAUGCUUCCGACACUAGUACAAAGCUCAAGGCACCUUAUUUUUGAUAACCCUAUUACACCAUCGAUAAGCUUAAUACCUAUCAAACAGGAACCAACCACAAACGAUGAGUACAACGACACCAAACCCCGAAGCAACAGUAGCGCCGAAGCGAUGGCGUCCAACAAUAUUAGCCACUCCAGCCACGUUGACAGUUGCGUUGCGCCCUCUUCCAGCUUGACGUCGCUGAUCAAGGUAUCACCCCUGAAGUCACUGCUACGCGAGGACCUGAAGCGCCGAAUUUCGGCCCGAGCGACGACCCGAGCCACGCGGAACGGGAUGCUGGCGAGCAGUUCGCCGGUCCCGGCCAGCAGUCCCGGCCCGAACAGCUCCAAUGCGCUCGCGGCCGGCCCUGGCGGGGCGCAGGAGGGCCCCAACGGUAGCAGCAACAGCUCGAGCAGCUCCAGCAGCAGCUCCACCAGUAGCACCAGCAGCAGCAGUAGCAGUGCGGCCGCCAUCGGCGUCGCAACUACCUCAAACGGUACCAUCACCUCCACCGGCCAGGAGACCGACCUGCUGCUGUCGCUGACGGCGAAAUCGAAGCGCCACCUGCAGUGCCUGUUCUGUGGCAUCGAGUUCCCGGACCAGACGCUCUACUUCCUGCACAAGGGCUGCCACAGCGAGAGCAACCCGUGGAAGUGCAACAUCUGCGGCGAGCAGAUGAACAACGUGUACGAGUUCAACUCGCAUCUGCUCAGCAAAAGCCAUCAAUGA